ACUUGGAGAAGGAAGGAAUCAUGGCGGAGGCGGCGGCGGCUGAUUGGUGUCAGCUUCAACUAGAUCUGUUAGGGAUGAUCGCGCAAAAAUUAAACAUCUACAUCGAUUAUCUCCGUUUUCGUGCCGUUUGCGUGAAUUGGCGCUCAGGUGUGCCAAAGAGGCCUCCCCACCUUCCUUCCCAACUUCCAUGGCUAAUGCUCCACAACAAGAGGGGAAGCGAAACCUUUCGUGGCUUCUUCAGUCUCUCAGAAGACAAGAUUCAUUGGCUUGAGCUUCCUGAGGCUUCUCAUUACAAGCGAUUUUGUGGAUCUUCACAGGGCUGGCUAGUCGUCGUUGGAGAGACUCCUGUGAUUACUCUCUUGAAUCCCCUUACGCGAGUAAAAAUCUACCUCCCACCGCUCUCAACUUUCCCAAACGUAUUGGAUUUCAACAUUUCCCAAGUAGGCAGAGAGUACCUGCUCGAGACCUCAUCGAAGCUUCCCUACACCCGUAACAUCAGAGAAAUGCGCGACAUGUUUAUGAAGAAAGUCAUCGUAUCUUCAAACCUUGGUAACUCUUCCGAAGCUGACUAUGUUAUCUUGGCCAUCCUUAACGAAACAGGUGAGUUGGCAUUCUGCAGAAGAGGAGACGAAGAAUGGUCUUUGAUCACAGAAGCGGGAUCUUACAGCGAAGACGUUAUAUGUUAUAAAGGGUCGUUCCAUGCGGUUGAUAAAUUCGGAAACAUUACAAUUUGCGAUUUCGGAGAUAAUUCUCCAGUGGUGACGGUGAUCGAAACCACCCCGUCAUUGUUCGGUGAAAUACUUUAUUUGGUAGAGUUAUCAGGGGAGCUGUUUCUGGUGACGAGAUUUCUGGAUCUCAAUCCUUGCUUUGAUCCUGAUUUGGUCUAUAAAACAAUGCGAUUCGAGGUUUCAAAGUUUGAUUCGAGCGGAUCAAUGUGGACUAAGGUGGAGAAUUUGGUUGAUUAUGCUUUGUUUUUAGGUAAAAACUCUUCAUUGUCUGUGCUUGCUUCCGAUUUUUCGGGAUGCAGAGGGAAUUGCAUCUACUUCACAGACGACUAUGCUGAGGCCAACUAUGAAGGUGUAUGUGGGAAUCAUGAUUUAGGGAUCUUCAACUUAGAGGAUGGUAGUGUGGAGUUGUUACCUUGUUACUCGCACCAUUCUCUAUUAAUUUGGCCUCCACCACUCUGGGUUUCACCCAAUCCAUUAAUUAUUUUUAAAUCGUUAGUGAUGCAAGAUCCUCGAAUGCUGCCACCCGAGGAAGUAUUGAAUGCAAGGUCCCGAAAAAAGAAAACCUUAAUGCAUGUUGCCCCAGUGUUCCAGCAGCUGCAAGGAGAGAACCUCAAAGGGGUUCAGGAGACAUUUCCUUCAUCUUUCAAGACCACACAGAAGGCCCAGAAGAGAAAUCUGAAGAGUGAAGGUUCUCCAUCAUUCCAACAGCCAGAGAGAUCAACCUCAGAUUCCUUACCAGAUUCCUCAAGAUCUGGGAAUGAUUACCGAGCACUGAGACGGAAAUAUUUGCUCCUGGAGGAAGAGAGCUUCACAUUGGGGAGAGAAUUGGGAGAGGUUGAAGAUGAAGUGAAGGCCUUGGAGGACGAGAAACUCGCUCUUUUGGACCAGCUUGUUGUUCUGGAAGGUCUAAUUGAUCCCUCAGAACUUCAGCCUCGCGGACCAGCCCUAUCUUAAUUUUCUUUAAGGAACCCCUAUAUUAACUUUUACAAACUUAGACUGUUGCUGACUUGCUAUUGUUGUAGAUAGAUUUGAUGAGUUUCUGGGUAUAAAAGGUAGAUAGCUAUAUUAGCAAUGUGAAGAUGUGGAAUCAAUCUAAACCUUUAUAAU